AUGGCGACUCCCGGUUAUAUCCCCUGUGCAAACUGGACCGUCGGCGGUACAGCGUGCAAAAAGACGGGCACGUUCAGUUGCAAGAGCUGUAAACUCGUAUCGUAUUGCGGUCCAGUCUGCCAGAAAUCCCACUGGUCCGUCCACAAGACUGACUGCAAAUCCCCGCUAAGUAGUACCUCUUGGAAGCCAGGCUGGGAAGCCGAGAACCGGACGCCGAGUUUUGUUGGUGACAAUGAUGGGCCGUCGAACUUUGGCGGGAUGAAGUAUUACUGGGGGAAUGUGCCUGCUCUGGAUGUGCUGAAGCUGGGGGAGAAUGAGGGGGCUGGGCAUGAGAAGCAUUUGAGAAUUUUGUGUGCUGCAUCCGGGGACUUCCGUAAUGUAGUCAAGACCAUCGCCCAGCUACCCAGCAGCUAUUCUGGCACCGUCGAAGUGACUCUCAACGACAAGGAACUCGACAUUGUCGCACGCAACGCCAUCAUGCUACUAAUCGGUCUUGUCGUUGACAACGACGACAACUCCAACGCCCCCAACAUGGACACCGCCAUCGACUGCAUCAUUCACAUUUGGUACUCCGCCCUCAUCCGGCCCUCCGACCUCUCCAUCCUUCAAACCCACAUCCGCCCCCUCAUCGCAGACAUAUGCACCAAAACAGCCAACAAACCACCGCACACUCUCCUCGCUAAAACCUGGACUUUCCCUCCCGUUUCUUCUUCCAACCCCACCAACGGAGGGACCCCCCGGACCCUCCGACUAACCCUCCAGAAACAAGCCUGGGACCGGAUUCUCUCCUUCCUGGACGUGCCGCAGGGCUUGACGGCGGAGAAGGCCCAUAAGAUCCGGACCGGGGUCACGCUAGCAAGGGAGAGACGGGAUUAUCGCGAUCGGUAUUAUACGCUGCAGGUGCCUGCGCAGCGGGUGGCGAAAGAGCGGUUUCGUGAAGAUGGGGUGAUGUUGCCGUUUGGGAUGGCCAGGCAGGGGUUCUUGGUGCCGAACCCCACAUUCUUCCAGGAUGGAACUUGGCACAUGCCUGAUAAUGCGAACCCCCUGGACGGGUGGUCCGAGGAAGAACUGGCAGAGUAUCCGCACCCGCCGGCGUCGGCAGACAUGUAUGGCAAGAUGUAUUACUACCUCCGUGCUAUGCUCCGGGACUUUCUUAUUCGCGUGGCCGAGGGAAAGGUUACCUUCCGGCUCUUUCACAUGGACGCUGCUCAACUUCCGAAACACGUCGAAGCAAGCUCUUUCGACCGGAUUGAUGUGUCCAACAUCUCUGACGCCGGCUAUCUUGGCCUUUACCGCACCCUCAACACCAUGAUCCCGCUCCUCACGACACCCUCUACCAACCGCCACGCCACGCUCAUCACUUUCUUCAUGAACGCCAUCCCGGAAAUGUCAAACCCGCAGGACACUCUAGUUAGCAUGGGCCAGUCCAAAACCAAGCUGAUGCAGUACAUGCCCAACUUGUUGGCCAAUGCCCGCGUUAUCCACGCCGUGAGUGGGGGGUAUCAGUACAGCCUAGAGGCUGUAAAGUUUGUAUGUGCGCUGGAGCUUAUGGGGGAUCAUGAUGCUAUCUGGGAUCGAUAUACCUCCCUCCAUAACUUCCCCCACACCGCUUCCCUAUGCAAUGCCUCCAUGAAGCCCCAACGGAAACACACCAUCAUCGAGGCCUGGCCCUACCGUCUCAAGCUGCAGCCCGGCCAGCCGGGCGCCCAGGCCGAGUUUGACCGGCGCCUGGCGGGCGGUAUGUCGGGUAAGGAGAGGUAUGUGGAAUGGAGUAGGAAGGUGUGA